AGCAGACAGCCUAAUUUUCUAACCUCAAAAUAUUUUUCAAAUUGUAGAGAAGUGAGAAUCAAAUUAUUAUUAAGUUAGCAGUUUGCUAAAUUUUUAGAAUUCAUAUAAUAUCAUUGAUUCAAAAUGAUAGUAUGAUUUAAAAUUUGUCUCAACAUCAGAUUAAUAGCCAUGAUUUUCAGUUCGUUAGCUCGUACUUGUCGGCAAUUUCAUUACCCACUACAGCAGAUUUCCAAACCAUUUGUAAAAGAAUUAAGUAGUGGAAAGGUAUAUUUAAUUUUUAAUUCAAUAAUCUUUUUAAAAAAAUACUACUCAGCUCUUCAUAUAAAAUUUAAUUUUUUCCAUCAACUGUCUUGAGAAAAUCAUUCCAAAGUUACUGAAAUAAUGAUAAAUGAUAAUCUAUUCAUGCAUAAAAAAUGUUAAUAUUGUUCUAUAAAAUUCAGUGUGGAUUGUAUCUAAUAUAUGAGCUGAACAAACUUGACGAAUUGUUUUCGCUUUUCAACAAAAUGCAUUGUUUCUUAACUUAUACUAUUUUUUUGUGUUCCUCAUAAGAUAAAGUACAUCCUUUUAACAUGAAGAAAUUGUCCGUCGCGUUCAUUUCGCUCUUUUAUAGUGACCUUCAGAGGGACAGUUCCUUAUCUGGUGUAUUUCUACCGAACAAACAACUAACAUGCAGUAUCAGUAUUUUCAAAAGAACAGAACCGCAAAAUGAUGAUGAACAAAUUUAUAAGGGAGAGCUGAAUAGAAACAUCUUCAGAGUGAAGGCAUUCUCGUUGAUAUCCAGUGGUGUUGGUCUGGGAUAUUUGCCGAUUACCAUUUAUAAAGUAAUGAAUGAUGAAAUCAGCAUGCUUACAGUGGUGAUGACGGGGUCAAUUAUUGGGUUUUUCACAUUUGGCACGCCUAUUCUUUUGCAUUUGUUGGCAAAAAGGUAUGUGACCGCUGUUUCCUACUCAAAAGAGACUGACAGCUACGUCGCCAAAACUUACUCAUUUUUCUUGACUGAUAAUGUUCUGAAAUUCAAAGCGGACGAGGUGGUUAUUCCAGAAACGCCGCCUUUCCUCACAAGUUUCUUAGUUCAAGGACACCCGUUGUUUGUUGAUCCAAGCUCAUUCACAGAUGUCAACCAUUAUAAGAGGUUCAUGAAAUACGAUGAGCCAUUGGAUUUGAAAAUAUUGAGUGAGAUAAACGAGAAGAGAAAAAUUAAGUAACUUAGUUGUUUGUUAACAUUGUAUUCGUUAAAUUAAAGUUUUGUUAUU